GUGCGGAGGACUCGUUCAAUGUCCUGGACCUGGCGGAGUACACCAAGAACCGGCCCUGGUGGCGCAAGGUCUUUGCCCCCAGCUCGGGGUCAAGCGCUGAGAAAUACAACGUGGCCACGCAGCUGCUGAUCGGAGGGGUCACAGGAUGGUGUACGGGAUUCAUCUUCCAGAAAGUUGGAAAGCUGGCAGCGACAGCGGUGGGAGGUGGCUUUUUCCUGCUUCAGAUUGCAAACCACACGGGAUACAUCAAAGUGGACUGGAAGCUGGUAGAACGGGACGUGAACAAAGCCAAGCAGCAGCUGAAGUUUCACAGCAGUGGUAAUAAAAUGUCUCCAGAAGUGAGAAGCAGAGUGGAUGAGGUGAUCAUAUUUCUGAAGAAGAAUGUUAUCCUGACUGGAGGUUUUGCUGGAGGAUUCCUGCUCGGAAUGGCAUCCUAGAAACUGCGUUCGACUCUCCAUGCCCAGCCUUCCCUGCCCUCCUCUACUGCUGUUUUCUCUCACUUAGAAGUCAAAGGAUAUUGCAGACAUGCUCAGUCCAUUCUGCUCACAGGUUCCAGCCUUUUUUCUUACAACGCUGCUUCUGAUUUCCAACCUUUUCCUCUGGGCUAUUGAGGUGCUGGGAUUUUUCUGUAAGUUUAUGACUCCCGGUGUAUCAUUGUGAUCCUUUUCCCCACUGAAUAU